CCUUCAACUGCGUCACGUCCACAAGUCCCGUCCGAAGAUUGCACACAUACCAGGUUGAGCUGCACCAUUGAAGGUGGGGUUUUUGAUCUGGACUAAAUAUGAUACUUAGUGCGAUAAUUUAGGUCUAUGGGACUCUGUUCGUGCUACUCAUGAAGACGUCGGAGUGGCGAUGGCCAAAUGCUGGCAUGUACCCUGGGCAGCAGAAAGUUAUCGAUACCUAUCGCGCGUACGCGAACAGAAAAGACUCUGACGUUGCAAAAGUUAGAAUGCUGAAGACUUGCUGGAAUACCACCUUGCCUGUGUCCCGGCUGCCUCCGGAGCUGCUGCUCCUUGUCUUCGAGGAUUGGGCAUCCGAAUGCUAUACAGAGACGCAGGAGACGGAGCCUGAAACCCGCCCAUAUGCUUGGAUACGCUGCACACAUGUUUGUCGGCGAUGGCGCGAGCUAGCACUAUCGUCGCCGUUUCUCUGGCGGCGCAUUGUGCCCACCAGUCCUGAAUGGACACAAGAGCUUCUCUCUCGCUCGAGGCAGACGCCUCUUCUUGUCAACUUCAACAGUUCCGAUUUCAAGUCUGCAUGGAACAUCAGCCGGGUUAGGCAAGAAGGGACACACCAUCUCCUACGUCACCAGUUCCACCGUUUUCGCGAGGUUCACAUGGACGCGUUCGAUCUCGACAAUCCAACAGGGGUCACGGCGCCGCUCCUGACUAGCCUGCGAAUCAUGGGUUUCUACGAGAACCCGGUUGCCUCUUAUCUUUUUCGCAACACCACGGCAGACCAAAUGCCCGAUGACAGUUGGGUAUUUGCGCGGGACGGCUUGCCUGCGCUGCGGAGACUGGAUGUCUUCGUUGCCACGCAACCUAUUAUCUGGUCAUGCUUCAGAACAACCCUGCAGACGCUCCGAACGCGUUUUAUACGUCCUCGACCAUCUGCGGCUGCCUGGCUGGCUGCUCUUAGAGAGAUGCCUAGCUUGCGAGACUUGGACAUCGACCUGGGCGACAUGCUGGCGGGCGCGCACACGCCGGAGUGGAACCCACUCGGCCCCGUCUCAGGCCCGGUCAUCCUUCCUGCCUUGACGGGGCUAGCCAUCACUGAUGAAUGUGACGGUCGCUCGUCGGCGGAGCUGCUGAGCGGCCUGGUGCUGCCCAUAGUUGAUCAUAUCGACGUUGACCUCCUCAGCGCGCGCUACGAGAUGGAGUCGCCGGCAUACCUGGUCUCCCUUCUCAAUGCGAUCAAACCAUUGUGUCGCGGCUGCAGAUUAGACAAUCUACAGCUAGACGUCCGGGAAGAUCUCAAUGCGGUCAUGAUCAAGCUCGAGCCUCUGUUUAUCAUGCCAGACCACACGUUCCCCCCUUCGCUACAAUCCACCUGGGGAGAGGGCCUGCCCUACAUCCGCCUGUGCAUCUACUCGGAUCUGACGCGGAGCACCCUUCGCGAGUACCUGCGCGCGAUGCAAGACGUGCGCGUGCUCCGAGUGGGCGGCGAUCCUGCGCAAGACGAGUCGCGACGCGCCCCCAUCUUUCCGCAUCUUAAUACGCUUCGGCUCCUCGGGUUGUCCUGGGUUCCAAGGGACGACGACGAAGACAGCAGGAGUGACAGCGAUGAGGAAGACGAUGACGCGCCGUUUAAGCGGGACGCGGAGAGCUUGAUGAAGCAGACGGCGAAGGUCAUGCAGAGCCGGAAGAAGGCCGGAUGCGAGAUUGCGUACAUCGUACUCGCAGAGAAACUGAGUGCUACGCCUAACAAGUAGCCACAGGAUUGAACUCUUUGGGUCACUCAUGACGAUACGUACGAAUUCGCCAGGGCCAACAGGGUACGCUGUUGUAUAUUUUCUAGCUCUGGAGCAAAGAAGCUGAGCAAGAUAAGAUAUGAAUUGCGCCUAUAUAGUAUUUGUCUUGGCCCAAAUCUAUUUGGCUAUUACACGCACGGUACUAGAAAUACGCCUUGUAUCUUCUAUGCAGCAGGCUUGAAACCGACGAAUGCGC